AUGGAAGACGCAAAGAAGGCAAUCAGCAACAUGGGUGAGGAGGGUGUCCAAGAUAUCGCUGCGAAGGCCCAGGCAGCGCUUGGCGGCGGUAAGGAGGGGGGCAAGACGGAAGGGGGCGGGAACCCUCUCGCUGGCGUGGACAUGGACAAGGCCAAGGCAACGAUCGAGAGCCUCGGCGAGAAGGGCGUCGCCGAGGCCAAGGCCGCGCUCGACAAGGGUGACAUCAAGGGCGCUGCCGAAAGCGUCAUGGGCAACUUGGGUGGUGGUGGCGGUGCUGGGAAGUAAACGCUGCCGCCGCCGCGCCAUCAAAACCGUACAAAAAUCGAGCUGUAGUUACUUGUGAAAUAGUGUAGGUCAGGUUCGCACUAUGUAGAAUUAUUACGGUGUGGACAAAGGAUGCACACACUCUUUGGUUGAUUUGAUUUGAUUUGAUUUGACACAUGCAUGCAAAUAUUGUGGUGUCGGUUUUUGAACGAAAGAUCGAUCGAGCGUCGCGUAUGUAUGUACGCAUACGUGCGGAUUGAACGAGCGGGUGGCCCGUCAUACCGUUUGUCGAAACAUGGCCAGCCCGAAGAGCGGCUAGGUUUAAUCGGAAGUGGUGGGAAAUGCGCUUUGA